AUGUCCUCUGUACAGGAAAAAGACAUCCCCGACACGGUUGCCUCCAACCCGGUGGCCAAGGCUGCCAGAGACUAUGAGGAGCAUCACAAUUACAUGCAGACCGUCAGGAAGUAUCUACCCGCGGUCAAAUGGUCCAUCUUCUUCGCGAUGACCAUUGUCGGCGAGGGUUACGACCUCGCUCUCAUGGGCAACUUUUUCUCCCUGGAUCAGUUCCAGAACCUCUUCGGUUACGCUCCGGAAGGGGGCACCGUCAAGGAGAUCCCAACACUCUGGCAGUCCUUGAUCCUUACUUCAAGUCAGGCUGGCCAAGUCGCAGCAAUGUACUUUGCCGGUCUGUCCAUGGACAAGUUCGGCUACCGAAAGACGAUGAUGUUCUCCCUCGGAUCGAUCAUGGUACUGCUCCUCGUCAACUUCUUCGCGCCGGCGGUCUUGUCCGCGGGAGGCUAUCAGGCUGGUCUCGGCAUGAUCUUUGCCGGCGAGUUCCUUCUGGGACUGCCUUGGGGAGCCUUCCAGGCCUGCGUUCUACCCUACGCUUCAGAUAUCUCGCCCCUCAAGCUUCGUCCGACCCUCACCACCUUCGUCUCCAUGUGCUGGAUUUUCGGACAGCUCUUCUCGACAGCAGCAAUCAAGGGUGUUGCGAACAUCAAAUCCAACGAUAUCACGGCAUACCGCGUCCCCGUCGGCAUUCAAUGGAUAUGGCCCCUUCCUGUUCUCCUCUGCGUCUUCCUUGCUCCAGAAUCACCUUGGUGGCUCAUGCGCCAGUCUCGUUUUGACCUUGCACGCAACUCUCUGGCAAGACUCAACAAGGAUCCGACUUAUCCAGUUGACGGUCAGGUCAAGGUCCUCGAGCUCACCAACGAGCAGGAGAAGAACAGCAGGAAAGAGUCUCAUAUCACGUACCUCGAGUGCUUCCGCGGCGCCAACCUUCGUCGUACCAUGAUCGUCGUCACGAUGAACUUGACGCAACAGCUCUGCGGUUCAGCGCUCAUGUUCUACUCAGCCAAGCUAUACCAGAAGGCGGGCAUGAGCAGCUCCAAAUCGUACGACUUUACGCUGAUCCAGUACGCAAUCGGCAUAAUCUGCAUCGUCUCAUCGUGGCCCCUGAUGAACUACAUCGGACGCAGAACUAUCUGGCUUUGGGGACUGAUGGGCUCCGUCAUUCUCAUGACAGGUGUCGGCGUGCUGGGUUUCUAUAGCGACGCGAACUCGGCAGUUCCUUGGGUCAUCGCGGUGAUGCUCGUGAUCUUCACAGGAGUCUAUAAUCUUUCCAUUGGACCCCUUGUGUACGCUAUCAACCCCGAGAUCCCUUCGACCCGACAAAAAGCCAAGACGCUUGUCAUCGGCCGAGUAGCCUACCUCAUCGCCGGGCAAUUCAACAUGUGGCUUUUACCCAGGAUGUUGGAGAACGCUCCUAACGGAUGGGGUCUGGGACCUUGCACGGCGCUAGUUUACGCUGGUAUCAAUGCCGUCUUUCUUGUUUGGGCCUACUUCUGUCUGCCCGAGGUGCGAGACAGAACGCAGGCUGAGAUGGACGAGCUUUUCAAGCGCAAGAUCCCGGCUCGCAAGUUCUUCAGUACCGAACUUACGGCGGAAUAA